CCCUGUUUCUGCAAUAGCCCACACAGGCUGGAUAGGGAUUUGGCUUUACUGAGAGAUGUACUGUGGGGUGCUGUGGGUAGUGUGAGCGUGGCACGUAAUCUGUUAUAUUCCCGCGAACCUGCCGCUGCUAUUCUAUUGCGGCAGGUUCCCGCAUACAUCAUUAGCAAGCUCAUAUCGACUGCUUGUGUACGAUUAGCGUGCACUUGGAAGUUGGAACUGGUUGAGUGUCGUCUCUUGGUCACCCCCAAAACCCUAUACAAACCCAAGAACCUAAGCUUCCCAAUUUGUAUUGUCCCUCUUGUGCAUUCAGCAACAUGCA